AUGGCACCUCAGAAGCUCAAGAUCGCUGCUGCUGGCCUCGGCCGCAUGGGCAAGCGACAUGCCAUCAACUUCCUCAACAGAACACCCCGCGCUGAGCUCGUCGCUGCCUUCACUCCCGACCCUACGGAGAUGGCCUGGGCCAAGGUCAACCUAGAGCCUCACGGAGUAACCCUCUACGAUGACUAUCAGAAGAUGAUCGAGCAAGAGGGUCUCCAAGCUGUUGUCAUUGGUACUGCUACCUCUGUCCAUGCCGAGGAGGCUAUCCAGGCCAUGCAGAAGGACCUCCACGUUUUGUGCGAGAAGCCUCUGUCCACCAGCAUCGAUGUGUGCCGUCAAGUCGUUGCCGAAGCCAAGAAGCGACCUCACCUUAAGGUCAUGUGUGGCUUUUCCCGCCGAUUCGACGAGUCCUAUCGCGAUGCCUUCAAUAAGACCCAGCAGGGUGCUAUCGGCCGACCUACAAUCAUCCGCAGUCAGACUUGCGAUAAGCACGACCCUUCGGGCUUUUUCGUUGAGUAUGCCGCCUGGUCUGGUGGUGUAUUUGUCGAUAUGUCUGUGCAUGACAUUGACCUGACGCUCUGGUUUUUUGGAGAUGAAGUUAUCCCCAAGAGCGUUUCUGCCCAUGGUGUACGCGCUGUCCAGCCUGACCUGGGCAAGUAUAACGAUUAUGAUAACGCUGUUGGAAUUGUCGAGUUCUGGGGCGGCAAGAUCGCCUACUACUACUGUUCACGAAUGAUGGCCCACGGACAAGAGGAUACCACGGAGGUAAUUGGAACUGAGGGUAAACUUACUGUUAAUGGGAACCCUCAGUCUAACCUUGUCAACUAUUACCACUCUGGCGGCAUCACCCGCGAGGUGCCCGCUCACUAUUACGGACGCUUUGAGAUGGCAUUCGUCCAAGAGUCCAUCGAAUUUGCCGAGGCCUGUCUCGAUAACAAGCCUCUACCGCUCAAGCUGACAAACGCUGUGAGGGCCGUUGAGAUUGGUGCUGCUCUGCAGGAGGCACUUGUCAGUGGAAAGCAGAUCAGGUUCGAUGAGAUUGGACGUCGCAUUGAGGAGCCCAAGCUGUAA